CAGUAUUAUUUCACAGUUUUUUAAGUUAAAAUCUGUUACAGUGUAAACUUUGCUGUCAAAAUAUUGACUGAUCGAGGUGCAUUGCUUUCCUCUCAACUUGAUCAUGCUCCAUUCUGGAGGGAUUUUAUUAACAAUUUUAUUCGUGUUUACAUCAACAAUCGACAUAACUCAUUGUCAAGGAUAUCAUGGAACUGGAUUGAUAUAUGAUGAUGAUGAAUAUUCACCGAAAGGACGAUGUGAGCCUAUCGCGACACCUUUGUGUCAGGAUAUGAAAUAUAACUUGACAGUAUUUCCAAAUAUACUCGGUCAUACUACACAAGAUGAGGCAGCUCUUGAAGUUCAUCAGUUUUAUCCUUUAGUAGAGAUGAAGUGUUCGAAAGCACUACUAUUGUUUCUAUGUAGCGUUUAUGUUCCUGUUUGCACCAACUUGAAGGAAGCAAUACCACCUUGCAAACAUUUAUGUAUUCAUGCGAGAACUGGGUGUGAGGAGCUCAUGAACAGUUUUGAAUUCAAAUGGCCUGUUGGACUUACGUGUGAUGACCUACCGGAAAAAUCAAAAGAUCAAUUGUGCUUUAGUUCUGAUGAUUUACCGAAUAGCAUCCCAGAAGCAAACAUCCCAAUUCGAACUAAAGCUUGUUCCCAUAAAGAGGUAUUUGAGUGCCCUAAAGAAAUGGAAGUACCCAAUUUACCACAACAAGAUGGAUAUUCAUUCAUGGGAGCACAAUACUGUGCCGCACCUUGUGACAAAGAUAAUAUUCUGUAUUGGGAAAGUGACCAACGUGAAUUCGCUCACUGGUGGAUUGGAAUAUGGUCAAUCUUAUGCGGAAUUUCUACUCUUUUCACUGUUUUUACCUACCUUAUUGAUAUGUCAAGAUUCAGAUAUCCAGAACGACCAAUUGUAUUUCUAUCUGGUUGCUAUCUCAUGGUUUCAAUUGCAUACAUAACUGGAUUCUUCACGAGAGAUACAAUUCCUUGUCGUCAAUUUGUUACAGAUUCCUGUCAAUAUGGUUCUUAUGACAAUUGUCACAAGGUUGUUGUACAAGGCACCAAAGAAGCAGGUUGCACAAUACUCUUCAUGUUGUUAUACUUCUUCAGCAUGGCAAGUUCAAUAUGGUGGGUGAUCUUGACAGGCACUUGGUUUCUGGCUGCUGGUUUGAAAUGGGGUAACGAAGCUAUUGAAGCCAUCAGCCAUUAUUUUCAUCUUGUUGCAUGGGCCAUACCUGCGACUAUGACAAUCAUCAUUUUGGCAAUGGCUCGAGUUGAAGGAGAUAUACUCAGUGGGGUUUGCUUCGUUGGAGUUUACGAUUCUAAACCUCUUCUAUGGUUCAUCCUUAUUCCUCUCGUUGCAUUUUUAUGUGUCGGAACUGGAUUUUUGAUUGCUGGUUUCGUUGCUUUAUUCCACAUUCGAACGGUUGUCAAAAAUGAAGGAGGUGCCAAAGUAGAAAAGUUAGAAAGAUUGAUGGUUCGAAUCGGGGUUUUCAGUGUUUUAUAUACGGUUCCUGCUACCGUUACUAUUGCAUGUUAUUUUUACGAACAUACACACAGAGAUGCUUGGCAAAAAGGCUGGUUGGACAGAAAUUGCGGACGGCUUGGAAUUCAUUGCCCAUGUUCGUACAGAGAAUUUCAUGACGCACAACCUGAUUUUACAGUUUUUAUUAUCAAAUAUUUUAUGAUGUUAAUUGUAGGUAUAACAUCAGGAUUCUGGAUAUGGUCGGGUAAGACUUUUGAGUCAUGGGGAAAAUUUCGCAGGCGGUUAUGCUGUUGUCUGAAACCACGUAACGCAAGGUCGAACAAGAAUGGCAGCGUCACAGUUCACAUGUUACCUGGACAACAACCAUCCCAUACUAAUCCUAACGGAGGUCGUCACAUGUACAUUAGAGGUCAGGCUAUGUGAAAAGGAUGACUCAUAAAAAAAAAAUAAAAAUGCUGACUCAUACCAGGUGCGGAGAAUGGUGUAUAAAGUAUAAAACGCAAGAAAUUGACGCAUUUCAGAUGUUACCCAAUGAAUAUGUUUUGCUAAUAAUAGGAAGCGCAUACAUAGAUUCAUACUGAAGAGAGAGUACCACACAGCAAUGCUGCCCUAUUUUCUGUAUUUUAAAUAAUUGGUUGCAAAAUUUGGAAGUAUAUUAUAUUUUUAAGAAGAUAUUAUAUAUCCCAUAACAGUACAAUAUAUGAAAGAAUAUUAAUUAUUAUUGUGGAAAAAACAUUACUUAUAGUUGCGUAUGCAUUUCCACCUAAAACGUUCAUCAAAUUUAGCACUAUUGAGCAUUCUUAUCCCAAGUUAGGUGAAGUAAGAAAUCAUCCAUAUUUUGUUCACAAGUUUUUUUAUGGUUAGUCUAGGCUUGUUGAAAUCGAUUGUGACACGAUCUGCCUGAACUUGCCAAAAGAUUUGAUGACUUGCUAUAAAAUAGCGUUUGGUAUUAAAGUUGAACAUUUGUUCCUAGAUUAAUCACAGAUUCACAUGUUUUUAAUCGUAAUUAAAAAAAAUCUCCUUUCAUAUGAUUUUUGUUACUUUUACAAAACUAUUUUACCUUUACUGAACAACUUACAAUUCAUUUCAAGCUCUGCUAUUUUCCUACUUUAUUUUAUUAACGCUUGGGCAAUUUCCUUUUGAGCAAGUUUUUUAUUCAUUCUUUUCAUCAUGGCAAUAACAAAACACAAAUGUGUAAUCUGUUACUAUAUUCACAGUAUUGCAGUAAUAAGUGACAUUUCCAAUUCGUUGAUGACAUUAAGUUAUUUGUGUUGUUUCAGUGGUACCAGUACUGAUUAUGUCAUAUACUUACACAUGUUAUGAUUUUAAAAUCAGUAACCCCUUUACAUUAUCAUAAUGACUGGGUAUUAGUUUUUAAUUUAAUUUUUCCAGUAUUACAUAGUCAUCUAGCUUUUGAUCUAUUUUCAGCAUUCAAAAAAAUUGACUUCUGUUCUUAAUUCCGAUGUUGAAUUAAUGACAGGGAUUCGAAAUUGGACUGGUAACAGUACAAUACACUGAUAUCUUUUUCAACAAUUUUUAUUUUCAAUUUAUCUUAUUUGAAUAUGACUUAAUCCAUAUGAUGCCAUUGCAUCUUAUUUUUUUGAAUUUCUUGUCAUUUCACUUAUAAUGAAAAUUGUAAAAAAAUAUUGAGAAAAGGCAUAUAUACCUUUUCUGUGAAUAAGAAUGGCCUUACAUAAACAUUGAAAUCCAGUGAGUAUGCCUGUUCAAGCAUGAUGCAUAUAUGAACGAUCUUUGUAUGGAAAUAAUACUGGAUGUUUGGUUUGGUAAUAAAUAAUAAAUUUUGAUGUGAAAUUCAUGUAAUUUUGUCAUCUAGUUAUUUAUUGCCCACCAUUUAUUGUCUUACAUGGCAUUAUUCUCCGCAUAUUUGUCUACGAUCUUGCAUAACAACCUUGUGACUAUACGAAGUUGGAAAUAUUUCUUUUUUAUCAUUAUCACCCAUCUUGUACUUUUGUAGAUAAAUUUAACUGAAUACUCUCUUUUCUGUGUUUCAUUUAAUCAAAAUUCUUUUUCUGUAUUGCCCGUUUUAUCAGGGUAUAAUCAAAUUUUUUUAAUGUUUCCUAUUUUCACACUGGCAAAUUAAAUCAUUUUCACACAAAGUUUUUCAUAUUAUCAUCACAAUUUCUUCUUUUUUUUUUGAAAAUCAAAUCUCAUGAGAUAUUCAACUUUGAAUGAUCGUCUUUGAAUUAUACUCGACAAUUAAGCAUAAAUCGUGCAUAAUUUGAAGAUAAUUUUGUUCAUAUUUGUUUUUAUCUUCUAUCAUUUCGCAGUACAAUUUUUAACUGAGCAAAUUAACAUGAACAAACAAACGAAUCCGCUUGCCUUUCUUUUGUGUGACGUCACUGUCGAGAUGACGUCUUUUUAUGUACAGUUGCUUAUUUCCCAGUCAGAAGUUUUUCGUCACUAGCAAUCGGGUGUGGAUCAUAGUCAAAUCGUGCUGGUAUGAUGUGGUUAAUUAUGGCCCAUACACGAUAAAAGCAAUCAACUUCUAGCUGCGUAAUAUUUUUUGUUUUUUUACAACAAGAAGAGAUCUUUAAGUUAGUAUUAUUUUAUCGUUUUUUGAUCUGUAAUUCAUCUCCGAAAUGUAUUUCCAAGCUUGAACUAUUGAUAAUCCAUGCCCACUUCCGAAGGUAUGGUUUACCCGUAUUCUAUGCUUGAACUAGAAUAUUUCAGAGAUGAUUAUAUUUCUCUACCAUUUUAAUUGCCUGUUACUGAACCCUAAUGCUUUUGAUGUUUUCAAGUGUUUAUAAGGUGGUUCCACUCAAGCAAAUAAAGUACCUGUUUUACAAACGA